AAAGAAAAUUUUAGCAAUUCGAUGAGUAAUUGACAAUACACAAUACCUGUACAUAUCUGUGGAUGUACUUCCUAAGUAAGGCUAUGCGCCACUGAAGAAGAUGGGAUUUCAUCGAUUUAUUAAUAUCUUUUCUUUUUCUUUGAUGAACUGAGGGUGGUGAAACUUCAAAGUUUUUAGGAAUCAACAUUGCUACGUUUUAACAAGCAGACGGCAGGUGACCUCGCGGCGCACCCAGAAGUUGUGUGAAAGCGGUUUUAUUUGGUAAAAGGUUACGUUUAAUAUUUGGAUCAUACGAGCCCCUCGUCCAAUAUGUGCAACACCUCGCUCCACGCGUUUCUCGCGGCCCUGCCCAAAGCCGAGCAUCACAUGCACCUCGAGGGUUCCCUUGAACCGGAACUCCUCUUUGCGCUGGCGGCCAAGAACGGCAUCACGCUCCCCGUCUCUACCGAUCCGGCCUUCGCCUCGGCCGAGUCCCUCCGCAAGCGGUACGAGGUCUUCGCGAACCUCGACGACUUUCUGGGCUACUACUACAUCGGCAUGUCGGUCCUGCUAGAUGGGUCCGACUUCGAGGCUCUGGCGUACGCGUACUUUGCCAAGGCCGCGUCGCAGAACGUCCGACACGCCGAGGUCUUCUUCGACCCGCAAGCGCACACGGACCGUGGCGUCGAGCUCUCGACGAUAGUGGAAAGCUUCAAGAGGGCGCAGGCGAGAGCCGCGGCCGACUUCGGCAUGAGCACGGAGUUGAUCAUGUGUCUGCUGCGACACCUGCCCCUUCCCAGUGCCAUGGCGACGUUUGCGCAGGCGAAAGGCGCGGGCUACUUCGCGGAUGGGACGCUCGCGGCCGUGGGUAUGGAUUCCUCCGAGGUUCCGUUCCCGCCGCCGAUGUGGAAAGAUCUUUUCGAUGCCGCGAAGGAAUUGGGCAUCCGGAGGACGUGCCACGCUGGUGAAGAGGGCCCCCCGCUUUACGUCUCCCAAGCUCUUGACCUGCUAGAUGUGCAGCGUAUAGAUCACGGUGUUCGCGCUCUUACGGACGGAGACGAUGCAUUGGUCACACGUCUGGCUUCUUCUAAGACCCUGUUGACUAUGUGUCCUCUGUCGAAUUUCAAGUUGAACUGUAUUGACUCGAUGAGUUCAUUUCCGCUGAGGAGACUGCUAGAUGCCGGUGUCAGGUUUAGUAUCAAUAGUGAUGAUCCGGCUUACUUUGGGGGAUACAUACUGGAGAAUUACUGUGCUCUUCAAGAAGCUUUUGGUUUGGGUAUUAGGGACUGGGAAAUGAUUGCGAAGGGAGCCAUAAUGGGUAGCUGGUGUGCUGAAGAGAGAAGAGCCCAGUUGUUGGUGGAAGUAGAAGAUGUCGUCAAUGAAUGGGCUAGACAAUUCGAGGAACAAUGAUUGCUUGCCUACCUACCUACCAAGGUGCCUUCUCAGAUUGGUAUCUCGCUCAUAAGUUCCGCUUAGCCCAUAACUCUGGUCCUAAGAAGAUGUAUGGUAGCCUAGUGAACUGUUGAGCUCAUAUCCGUAUACCCCCUAAGUCCAUAGGUAUCAAUUACCCCUGACGAAUUGCAUAACUUUCAAAGUCCUAACCGCCUUGCACGACGCAAAUUCCACUUUGUCUUGGACUUCGCACCAACAGCCACAUCAUUAACAGUGUCUGUCACUCAAGAUUUAGUCCUGGUUACUCAGAUUUCACCUUGACGGGCUUGGUCUGCUACACAGACUCCAUCUUCUCUAGGCCAUCGUAUCCAAUUACAAUCCAGCUCAGGGAUCAUAACAGUCCUAAUGUAGCUUCGACCUCUUCCGGUGGAGCCUCAAUGUUUGCGUGGACAUCUGCCAA